AUGGGUCAACAGAUCAAAAUAAAAGAGUACCUGUACAAACAGGGGGGCGUCGACAAACUCCGCAGCCGGAACCAGGGCGGCGCCGCCCAGUUCAUGGGCGCCGACAUGGGAGGGGAACCCCAGGGCGAGUCGGGUGGCAACACCAGUGAGCGCCGCUACAAGAUGCACCUGAUCAAGUUCCGCCUGGCCAACGCCAGCGACAUCGCGCUGGCAAAGGGUUCCAAGGUCCAGCCGAUCAAGGGCGCUAGCAAGAAGAGCAACUUGCUUACGCGGGUGAGCAGUCGUUUCCAGACGACGUGCUAUACACCAACGCGCUGCAGCAGUGGCGUGAAGUCAGAGAGUGAAGUCAGUGCAUAUCACCAACACGCCUGCGUCGCCAUUGCAGGUCCGAAGCAGCUGGUGGCGGAAGCGUCCCACGGCGUCCACAACACGUCGACCACGCUCGGAGACUUCGUCUACAUCCGCUUGAACGCCUCCUCCUCCAAAACCACCGCGGUUUCGCACGUCCAUGUGAACGCGUCUUCCAACCAGAACAACACCAACUUCUUCGGAACUAGCGCAGUUCCGCUUCCUCACUCCCGUACGAACACCUCCCCUUCGAGAACUUACAAGACGACUCACCCCACUCACGCGACGCCCGUGGAUAAGUUGCUGCUGCUCAAGGCGGCGCCCCAAGCCGGGUGCGGAAGGAAUGUCGCGGGCUCCAGCGCCACCACUGCAACGACAAAGGCGACGACGACCGGUGCCACCACAACCAAGAGAACUACUCCCACCACGGCUGCGACGACGACCACGACGACGACGCCGCGACCCACGACUCUCCCAACGACUACCAGGAGGAAGACAUCUACAGCGAAGACGCAUACAACGCAUACCCAUUCAACGAAGGUGUCGACAACAACGGCGGCCCCAACGACGUGUGGGCAACAUACAACUGUGAAAGCGGCGAACUGCAUCCCGGUGCUGGUGCCGCGCACGACGGCCAAGCCGAUGCUGCACGGCCACCCGUACCUGGUGAUCAAGGUGCACGAGGAACACCGCGACCGGGGGCUGAGCAGCAAGCCGCACACCCGGCCCGAGACGGGGCAGGUCCACGCCAACCUGUCCCAGCACAAGGGCAAGCGCCACGAAUGGCCGCCAGAUGAGAGCGUCGGACAAGCGGACACUGAAUCCCUGAAGCACCAGAUGGAAGGGAAUCUUCUGUCCAUGCUCCGCACGAUCCGAGAACUGAACAGACUCGCAAACGGCUCUAAGAGGGCGCCACCUCCCAUGGAGCUUGGGCCCAGCAUCGAGAUCGACAGAGUGCUCGUCGAUCGCUCCAAGGACGUACGGCCCUCGUGGCUCCAGCCGACCAGGCGUCACGAUGCUGACGAGUUGGACGAAGACGAAGCUGAAGAAGGCGAUCUGCAUCGCUUCAACCUGCUUCUCCGCCAGGCACUUAACCAGCUGCAUCACAGCACCCGGAAGCCUGUCUCUUGAGGACGGCACUCCUGGUUCCCCCCUCCGAAACCUUCUUCCCCUUUUACCACAAUGUCUCUUCUGGACGCCUCACCGAGAACCUUACCUCCUGUUUACGGGAAAGUCAUGUCUGGGGUUUGAGCCGAUCCGCACCGGUCACUUGCAGAUGCGUAGCUAAUGAAGAUGGGCACGAUGUUUGGCAUGUGCUGAGUCAAUCCCGAGUAUCUUCGGCUCAACUUCAACCAAGCUCGAACUAUCAGCUCAUUGAGGGCUAACGGAAGCCUCUUCAAAAUUUGCUCGUGGAAUUCUUCAUUGCUCGUUCGGAGAGACUUGAGGUGGACCUUGGAGGGCAGUGGUAACGCGACAGCUGAAGACUUCAGGCGCAGAACAGUUUUCAGCCUCUGGUCUUUAUUGGGGCCACGCGGUGCUGCUCGGCGGUCUUAGUUUUGAAGCGCUUUUCACAGCGUGGUAGGAUAGUGACGGCUUCAGUAUGGCGAAUCUCUCGUUCGUGAUGUUGUUUAUAGAUGUUCAUACGUACAUCCAUGAGAACACCCCACUUACUGCAAGCCCACUUAAUUGUACGCUUUCGUGUCU